AUGUCUGCAUCGUUAGCACAAACCCCCUCUAUUCCCGUCCUCGACCUCUUUUCGCUCAAGGGUAAAGCCGCUCUCGUCACGGGCGCCAACAGAGGGAUCGGUGCCUCGAUCGCUCUCGCGUUGGCACAAGCCGGUGCACACGUCGUCCUCGUUCACCGUAACGAGCAAACGUCUACAUCCACACUCGAAACAAUCAACGCGUGGUACUCCUCCAAGGCGUCUUCCGAUGCGUCUACACCCACAAAAGCUUUGGUUGUCUACGCCGACCUUUCAGGGAAAGAUGGAGAGAUUGAUAUCGUUGUGCACGCAGCGGGUAUCCAACGCCGCGCACCCGCCGUUCAAUUUGGUGACGACGAAUGGGAAGAGGUGAUCAACGUGAACCUCUCCUCUGCGUUCUAUCUCGCACGAGGCGCUGCGCAGCAUAUGCUCUCGACGCCUUCCACCACAACCAGCGGCGGGAAAAUCAUUCUCCUUGGCUCUCUCACAUUCCAAGGCGGUCUAACGGUUCCCGCCUACGCGUCCGCCAAAUCUGGUAUUGCUGGUCUGACGCGUGCAUUGUCAAACGAAUGGUCCAAGCAGAACAUUAACGUCAAUGCCAUCUGUCCCGGUUACAUCAACACGGAUAUGAACACGGCACUGAUCGCGGAUCCAGUCAGGAGUAGGCAAAUUGGCGAACGCAUUCCGGCUGGACGAUGGGGAGAAGGAUGGGAUUUUGCCGGUGUGAGCGUGUGGUUAGCGAGCGAGGCGAGCAAGUAUGUGUGUGGAGAAUGUGUUGUGGUGGAUGGAGGGUGGAUGGGCCGAUGA